AUGGCCACCACCACCACCCAGCUGCCCAUAAUAACCCCGCGCCAGCCCGCCCUCUCCCAGCGACCUAGACUCCGCCUCGACACCCAGCAGCAUCGCACCUUUGGCAAAGGCUCCAGCCUGCGUCUCGACACUCUGAGCGCCGUCUCGCCCACCGCCCGCAACACCUUCUCCAACGCCUACGAGCCCCCGGCCUCUGCUGCACCGGCCACUGGUCGCCCAUCCAAACUGCGUCUGUCUAUAGACAGCAGCUGCAACGCCCCAAACAGCGCAUCUACACCCAGCUCAGCAUCGACACUAUCAUCCGCCCUCACUUCGGCUUCUACCGACUCUGCCACCUCCAUCGUUCCAUACAAGCAACCGCACAACGUCCGCUCCAUACUCUCCAACGGUCCGAAUCCACGCAAAAUGGCCACUGCAAGGCCACUGUUCCCGGCUGAAAAGCGCGUGUCUUUCCGCACACCACUAGAAGAGGAGAUCAAGACUGUGAAGUUUACACUGGCGCAUUCGGACAUCGAGUCUUCAGUCUCGACCGUCUCGUCGCUCGCAACGACUCCAUCGGAAGAGUCAGAAACUAGCACAACCUUGUCAAUCAACACAAAGACUAUUUCUACCGCAUCGCCUUCGCUAUCCAUCCCGUCAUCCUCAUCAGCCUCUCCAUUUGCCUCGUUGCAAACCUCGCCUCGGCCCAGAGGUCCACGCGCGGGUGACAAGCGCGACUCUUCCGAAUCUGACAGCGAUUCUUGUCCCGAGACACCCGUAGCGGGGCGGCGCAAACGGAGAAGAGACUGGAGAUGGACACUUGGCCCGCUUCCGUCCGACAAGUCGACUUCGUCGUCGUCGUCAGCGUCAACAAGCGUGGCAACGAGCGAAGAUAGCAAUUAA